AUGGCGAGAACAGCUGCUUACCUUAGCCUCAUGGCUGCUUCGCUCACUUAUUUCGCAUCUGCUUUCCCGCUCGAUGAACGCACCGUCAAUCUCUGCCCUGCAGUCGAUCUGGUAGUCGAUCUCCUCAAAGCAUAUCCUUCUGCCUCACCCUUCUGCUCUACCUUCCUCGGCAUCCAGACGGCAACGACCACUUCCACUGUGCAGUUCACCUCGCCUGUGACCACAGUGAUCCCCACCACUACUUCGACUGUUAUUGUCACAGGAUCUGUUGUGACCAGUUACGACGUGUCCUCUACCACAAUCACAACAUGCAUUCCAAGUGCUGCGAAGCGCGAUCUUGCCAAGAGAAAGGUCACCACUACGUCGUCUUCAUCGACUGCCUCGUCCACGUCUUCAUCCACCGCAAUCCCAGCUUCGAUCAGUAUCUCCGGCACCUGCCCUGGCUGCCCUAAUCUGCUCAAGAAUAUUGCUUGCUCCGCUGUAUCUAGUGCAUGCAAAUGCCUUGGCAUUCCUACACCUACCUCGACCGUAUAUGUCAGUACAACAUAUGUCCCUGUGGUCACCUCGUUUUCAGACGUUGCUGCUACCCAGACUACGAUCGUAACCACCACCGUCCCAACUACAUCUACAUCUGCGGUUGUGUCUUGCCCCAAACCUUCUAUCUGUGGCAACCAGGGAAUCCAGUUUGCGUACUAUGCCAAUGAACCUUGGGGCGAUAAUAUCGUUACCAUGGAUCCAGAAAACUACUGGACCGUCACUCCGGAUUACUUGGGCACCACAACUGAAGUUGGAGGUAUCAACGAACCUGCUGGCUCGCGCGUGAACCUGUACGGCACUUCGGAAAAUGUGCCCGCCAGUUAUUUCGUUUUGAACCACCGUGGAUACAUCUUCGCUCAGAUCGAUGGUGACUACACUUUUACAACAUCCCAGGUUGACGACAUCACCUUCUUGUACCUCGGAGACAAUGCGAUUAGAGGCUAUGGCAAGAGCAACUAUAAUGCCAAGGCUGUAUGCUGCAGUGCGCCAGGUAACAGUGCCAGCGCCACCUACACCCUUACGACUGGACAAUACCUUCCAUUCCGUCUUGUCUUUGGCCAGCAGGGUGGGCCCGUUGUCUUUAGCUUCUCAAUCACUGCACCUGAUGGAACAGUUAUUCUUGACGCCAAUACUCAAAACUCUGACUUUAUUGUUCAGUACUCUUGCGAUGGCACUACUGCUCCUGCUUUCCCGGCCUGGGGUUCUGAACAGCCUCUGUAG